GCUUCUUUGCCUGGCGCGUAGAGGGUAUCUGGUGCCCUGGCUUACGAAAAGCACCAAGUUGCUACCAUUAUACUGCGGGCCACUCUGCCUCAUCCUCUGACCGGUGCCUGGCCUCACAGGUGGUGGGCGCGUGCCGGGCCUCCAUCCCUCGGUGGUGGUACAACGUCACGGAUGGGUCCUGCCAGCAGUUUGUGUACGGAGGCUGUGGAGGGAAUGACAACAAUUACCAGAGCAAGGAGGAGUGUCUUGAGAAAUGUGCUGGUGUCACAGAGAAUGCCAUUGACGAUCUGACCCCCAGCAGGAAUGGAGCAGAGUCCUCUGUCCCAAGUGCUCCCAGAAGGCAGGAUUCUGAUGACCUCUCUGGCGAUGCUUUCAACUUUGGAGAAUACUGUGCUGCCGAGGCCGUCACUGGGCCCUGCCGCGCCGCCUUCCCACGCUGGUACUUUGAUGCCGAGAAGAACUCCUGUGACACCUUCGUCUACGGGGGGUGCCGGGGCAACAAGAACAGCUAUCUCUCCAAGGAGGCAUGCUUGCGCCGCUGCUUUGGCAAGCAGAGGUAUCCUGCCCUGCCCCUUGGCUCCAAAGUGGUGCUCGGGGCGGGGCUGUUCGUGAUGUUCCUGGUCCUCUACGUGGGCAUCUCUGUGGUCUACCUGAUCUGCAUGGCACGGAGGAGCCGGGAGCGUGCCCUUCACACCGUCUGGAGCUCUGGGGACGACAAGGAGCAGCUGGUGAAGAACUCCUACGUCCUGUGAAGGCCCGUCGCCAAGAGGACUGGGGAGGAGGAUGUGUGUGCUUUUUUAAAACAGAGUGAUGGAUUUGUAUUUGUGGGGUCCUUGGGGCUUUGAUCUUAGACGGCAGGGGGCUGCUUCCUGAGUUCAUGGAGGGGGUUUGCUUUGGAAAUCCUUGCUCACGUUGCCAGGGGUCUGGCAUCAGCGUGGAGUUGUCUCCUUGAUAGAUUUCUUUCCUCCAGCUACAGUUUUCUUUGCUUAUGUUGAAUUCCAUUGCCUCCUUUCUCGUCACAAAAUGAUAAAAUAGUUUCUUUUGUUUGAUUUAUGUUUUUUUAAGUAAGCAUAAACAAGUUUUUUUUUUAUUAGGCUUCUGUAAGGAAGAAAGCAAAACAUACAAGUUUAAUAAAGGGGCCUUCCCUUAUAAAGUAAA